GUGGGGUUGGCAGUCAGGAUCGCGAGUCGGGUGAGCCAGCGGGGCUUCGGGCGCGGGAGAGAGGGCAACGCCAUGGCCUGCACUCUCGUGCCUUUCUGCAGCUUCCAGGACCUCGAGUCGGCGCGGGAUUUCCUGUGCUCUCAUCUUCGGCAGAGUGGCGCGGGUAAAUCAUCAAACUGGGAAGAAGAGAGUUGGGGUCCCUGGGAUGAAGCAGCGACUCAAGAACCUGAAGAAGAAGACGACUCAGCAUCUAAAACACAAGCAAGUUCCUGGCUGCAGGACUGUGUAUUAUCUUUGUCACCAACAAAUGAUCUCAUGGUAAUAGCUCGUGAGCAGAAAGCAGUGUUUUUUGUCCCAAAAUGGAAACAGAAUGAAAAAGGGAAAGAAGAAAUGCAAUAUGCGGUUGGCUGGAGUGGGUCUCUUGGUUGGAAUGGCCCUUGCAGUGUUGAAGAAAUGGAAUGUGUAACUAGUGCAUUGUGCAUCCCCCUUGCAAGUCAAAAGAGGAGCUCCACAGGCCGUCCUGACUGGACCUGCAUUGUUGUAGGAUUCACUUCCGGCUAUGUCCGCUUCUAUACUGAGAGUGGAGUAUUGCUUCUGGCACAGCUUUUAAAUGAAGAUCCUGUCCUGCAGCUUAAAUGUAGAACUUACGAGAUUCCACGGCAUCCUGGAGUUACAGAACAGAAUGAGGAACUGAGCAUCCUAUAUCCUUCAGCAAUUGUGACAAUUGAUGGUUUUAGCUUAUUCCAAUCUCUCCGUGCUUGUCGAAAUCAAGUAGCCAGGGCUGCAGCUUCAGGCAAUGAAAAUGUUCAGCCACCUCCAUUAGCCUAUAAGAAGUGGGGUUUGCAGGAUGUGGAUACCAUUGUUGAUCACAUUAGUGUUGGUAUCAUGACUCUGUCGCCUUUUGAUCAGAUGAAGACUGCUUCCACUAUGGGUGGAUUUAAUGCAGCUAUAAAGAACAAUCCUCCUGCUAUGUCUCAAUAUAUUACUGUGGGGUCUAAUCCUUUCACUGGAUUCUUCUAUGCCCUUGAGGGCAGUUCACAGCCAUUGCUGUCUCAUGUUGCCUUCACAGUUGCAAGUAAGCUGACAUCUGCAUUCUUUAAUGCUGCUAGUGGCUGGCUUGGCUGGAAAAACAAGCAGGAAGAAGAGCCUAUACAGAAAAAGAAACCCAAGGUUGAACCUGCAACUCCUUUACCUGUGAGGUUUGGAAUCCCAGAUUCUCGUCGACAUGGAGAAAGGAUAUGUUUGUCACCAUGUAAUUCUUUAGCAGCAAUUACUGAUGAUUUUGGAAGGGUUCUUCUAUUGGAUGUUACAAGAGGUCUUUCUGUUCGUAUGUGGAAAGGCUAUCGUGAUGCACAGGUUGGUUGGAUUCAGAUUGCAGAAGAUCUACAUGAAAGGGAAUCUAUCAAGAUAGAUUUUUCACCUCUUAGUACCCCUCAGGGACCAAGCAGAGUGGCUCAGUUCCUUGUGAUUUAUGCUCCUAGGAGAGGAAUUUUGGAAGUAUGGAGCACCCAACAAGGUCCAAGGGUUGCAGCCUUCAAUGUAGGAAAACACUGCAGGUUGCUGUAUCCUGGCUAUAAAAUAAUGGGGCUGAACAGCGUAACAAGUCAGGGUUGGCAGCCUCAGACCUAUCAGAUCUGUCUUGUUGAUCCAGUAUCAGGAACAGUAAAAACAGUUCACGUACCUUUCCAUUUAGCCCUGAGUGACAAGAAGAGUGAGCGAGCAAAGGAUAUGCAUCUACUGAAGAAAUUGGCUGCCUUGCUGAAAGCUAAGACAUUAAAUCUGGAUACAGUUGAGGUUGAAGUAAAGGAAUUAAUACUGGAUGUUAAAUACCCUGCUACUAAAAAACAGGCUUUAGAGAGCAUCCUGGCAAAUGAGCGUUUGCCAUUACCUUUUCUGAUGAACAUCACACAAGCACUGAUGGAGACCUUAAAAAAUCAGGAGGUGGAUUGUAUUGAUGAAGGGUUGCUGCAGUUCUGUGCAAAUAAACUAAAACUGCUGCAGCUUCACGAGUCAGUCAGCAAUCUAAAUUCUCAGAAUAUACCGCCUGAGAUGGAGCCAUCUGAGAACGUCUUGGCUAAAUUACUCCGGUUAGAUGAAAAAGAAUUGACUAGGCUGCAGAUGUUACUUGAGACGUACAAACAGCAGAACACCCAGCCUUUGGUACAUUUUGUGGACGAUAAAGAUGGAAUGCUGCCUGUGAAAACUUUCUUGGAGUACCUGGAUUAUGAAAAAGAUGCAAUUAAUGUGAAGAAGCUAGAUGAGAAGGAAUAUGUGGCUUUAGGAGGGUUUUUUUUCUGGAAAUGUUUACAUGGAGAAAGUUCAACAGAAGAAAUGUGUCAGACCCUGAAGUCUGCAGGAUUUACCCCCCACCUAUUAUUGUCCCUGCUGCUUAGUGUGUGGCUUUCCAAGGAAAAGGCUGUUCUUCAUAGGACCCACUCAGUUUGCUGCCUCCAUGCUGCACUGUCACUUCUGAGUAGAAUGACAGAUGUUUCAUGGGAUUCUCAGUCCAUCUCCCCCUGGUGGCAGCAGAUGCGAACAGCCUGUAUUCAGUCUGAGAAUAACGGAGCUGCCUUAGUAUUUGCUUAUGUUGGGCAUUCAGUAACAGCACAGAUAACUGAGGGUCUUGCAGAGAAAAAGUUUUCCCAGAUAACUGUAGGUGCUGAUACAGAUUCCUGGGAAGCCCUCUCGCUCGAUACAGAAUACUGGAAGCUUCUGCUGAAACAGUUAGAGGAUUGCCUAAUACUUCAGACACUUCUGAAUAGUAAACUGAGCAAGAAGACAAGCCCAGCUUCUUCUUUGCAGGCUGAGCCCCUGGGGAGACUUUCUGUAAAGAAGUUGCUUGAAGGAGGAAAAGGGGGCAUUGCUGACAGUGUAUCCAAAUGGGUUUUCAAGCAAGACCUCAGUCUGUCCUUACUCAGAUUAGGCCGACAGAAAAAUGAAGCAGAAAGCAAGGAGGAACCACAGCAGGCUGGCAGCAGCCUUGUAGGUGAGGAUGGAGAAGACCAGCCAAGCAUGGAACCCAUAUUAGAACUACUCCAUUUAGCAUAUGAACAGUUUCCUUGCAGCCUGGAGAUGGACGUCCUCCAUGCACAUUCCUGCUGGGAGUAUGUUGUGCAGUGGAACAAAGACCCAGAGGAAGCACGUUUUCUCAUCAGGUCCAUAGAACAUCUCAGAUGCAUUGAUAAUGCUCAUAUUCAACAUGGAAUUGCUCUAAUGAUGUGGAACACAUUCAUAGUGAAAAGGCUUUCUGCUGCUACCUACUUAAUGGACAAGGUUGGAAAAGCACCAAAGGACAGAUUAUGCAGACGGGAUGUAGGGAUGAGUGACCACGCCGUGUCCUGUUUCCUUGGGUCUUGCUCAGAUCUUCUUCAGACUCUCAUGGAGGCUGAUAUACGGUGUGACGAAAUGCCACUUCCUGUGCUGGACACAGAAGAUGCCUGGGUGUCUGUGGAAGGGCGCAGCUCGUUAGUGGAGUUAGCACUUGAACAGAAGCACAUCCAUUACCCUCUAGUCGAGCACCAGUCUGUGCUCGGCAUAGUCUUGUAUGGAAUCAUGAAGUUCUCACUGAAGAGUGUGAAGCCCCUCUCUCUCUUCGAUAGCAAGGGUAAAAAUGCUUUUUUCAAAGACUUGACUUCAAUUCAGUUGCUGCCUAGUGGGGAUGUGGAUCCUACUCUGCUUACCUUACGCCAUCAAUUCUUAACCAAACUGGUGAGUGCGUUGGCCCAGGCCCAGGCUCCGGCUAAGACGACAGACGGACUAGAAGAAGUAGUUGCUGUGUCACUGAAGGACAGAGAUUGGCCUGCCUUGGCUUUGGAUCUGGCACAACAUCUUCAAAUUGCUGAGGAUGUAAUCAGACGGCACUAUGUGUGUGAGCUCUAUAGUUAUGGCCUGGAUCAUCUUGGAGAAGAGGCUAUUCUUCAGGUACAGGACAAAGAAGUUCUUGCAUCACAGUUGUUGGUACUGACUGGACAGAGGCUGGCCUAUGCCUUGCUGCACACUCAGACAAAAGAAGGCAUGGAGCUGUUGGCCAGGCUACCUCCAACACUUUGCACUUGGCUUAAAGCUAUGGAUCCACAAGAUCUUAAAAAUGUAGAAGUGCCAAUUACUACAACUGCUAAAUUAGUAAAUAAAGUGAUAGAACACCUACCAGAAAACCACGGGCAGUAUAGUGUUGCCUUGCAUCUAAUUGAGGCUGUGGAAGGAAUGUCAUGACAGCAAGACUGAAAUUGAAGCACAGUGGCUAAACAGUUCUCUAACAGAAGUGGAGACUUGUACAUAAGAAGUAGAAUCAUCCUGAUGAAACAAUCUCACGUGGCUUUGGUAAUCUAACAGCUCAAGACUAGGAGAUGAUAAUGUAUGUGAAGAUCUACCUUUGGUGGGUAAUGCCAGCAGUGUCACUUUUGUAUAUUUGUGUAUAACUCUAAAUAUUUAUUUCUCACGCCAAGCAUUUGUGUAGUAGUUUGCUUAAGAACGGUUUGGUGCUGUUCAAAUUAAAAUGUUAAGAAUUUCCUAUGUGCUAGAAGAUAAGACUGCUUUUUCAAAUGUUAAAAGACGAAUUUAAUCAGAAGCUGAAAAAUCAGAGCUGUUACAUCUUGUGUAUGUUGGUUAGGUAAUACUUCUGGUUCUCAAAGUGAUAGCCUAAUUGCAUUUAAUCACGAAGCAGCUGGCCACAAGCUUACAGCAUUAAAGGACGACUUUCUGCAAUUAUGUUAUGGCUGCGUUUACACUCUGAAAACAGCGUCCACUUGCGAAGAGCAAGCUGUCCAUUGGGAAAAAAUUAUUGUAGAAACCAAAAAAGAUGCCGCCUUUUCAUGUUUUUAUAAAGUAUCAAAUAAAAUCAGGAAUCUAAUUUUAGCUUAUCACUUCUGUAAAAGCAUCAGUCUCAUUUGUAACAACUCUCCUUGCUGUACAUCUUACUGUAACUUGGUCUACUCUGCCACCUUCCCCAUGUUGGGUUUUAUUUUUGGCCCACAACUGGCCCAAUACAUGACAGUGUUAAUAUUGACAAAUUGGAUGGACUAAUCCAGUGUUUUUCAAACUUGGCAAUUUAAAGUUGUGUGGAUUUCAGCUCCCAACAUUCCUGAGUCAGCAUGCUGGCUGGGGAAUUCUGGGAAUUGAAGUCCACACAUCUUAAAAGUUGCCAAGGUUGAAAAAUGCUGGACUAGAGUGUGCUGAAGUUAGCACAGAAUAGUCGAAGGAACUGGGUAUCUUUGCUCUGGAGAAAAAAGAGGAUACAAUAGUCCUUCAGUUAGAAGAGAGUGGUCUGAGAUUCAGUGGGACUGGGUGAUAGAACCAAGCAUGUGAAGUUCUUUACAUCUGGUCUGCUGAAGAUGCUGUUGUAGAGGAUGAGUGGAUAUUUUGUAAAUCAGCUGUAUUGUUCUUAAAAUGCUAACAAUCAUAGUAAUCAGCUGAGUAUCCCCCCCCCAAAUGUUUCUGUAGAAAAUUGUUGAGACUUGUCUCAGAUGAGUUUCUUUACCCUUAAAAGGCUGCUACAACUUUCAAAACUAAAGGAACAGUCAUCCAUCCAUAUUUAUCACUAAACAGUUGUUUAACAAGAUAAUUUCUUAAUCGUGAUUGAGAAAUCUAGACCAGGAUAGAGGUUCCACAUACCUUUUUCUUUCUGAGUGGCUGGGGGGGGGCAGUUUGAUUCUGUUUGGAAAUAACUACAGUAAAAAGGUUCAUGCAGGCCCAUGAACUGCAAUAAAGCUGCACCACCUAAGUGCUAAAGUCUAAAGUAAACCGUCAGCUAGCUAAUAUUGGACUAAAAAAGCCAGCUGGUUUAUGGAUUUGAAUUCCUCUUGUGCUGCUUUUCAAACUUAGAGGGAAAAAAAAGGACUAUCAGGCAUUUUAAUAAGCAUUUUAUUAAGUGUACAAGCUUAAAUAUAUAUACACUAAUUUUGAAUUUAGCUUUCCAACUCUCAGAAAGAAGCAGUGUGUCAGCUUCUAUGUAGAUGCUUCUGUACUCCAAGUUUUCCAAAAAUGUGAAUCCUGCUUCAGAGAGCACAUGACUAUUUGACUGCUUGGUGGCAUCAUUUCCCACCAAGUAUUUGCAUACAACGUGCGCAUGGAGUCUCUGCUGAAUCAGCAGUGUAUUUUCGACAGCGGGGGCAUUUUGAUUUGGCAGCUGGUAGAACAAUGACUUUAUAGGCAGACUCUUCUCGGAUAUCGCCACCUAUUUAAGAAAAGGUUAAAAUUAAUCCCACAUUAAAGACCAUUCUUCACUAUCUCUGAAUUAAGGGAAGUCCUCCUCUAGUCCUAUCACCGCAUGGCCCAAAUACUUUCAAAAUUUUGUGGAUAUGUAACAGAAGUUUACUUACCUUCUAAGUUUAUCAGAAAUGUGCCUUUAAUCAUAUCAUCAGUAUUCGUAUCUCUAGGUACUUCAGUCAGCAGUACUGUCUGUGAUGCCAUCAUUAUUUCAUUUAACUGAGAUGUACUAGAACACUCCUCAGGCUGCAGCAUCUAGUGAUAAAUUAUUAUGCUAACUAGUUUUUGAAAAGGAUACAAAUGCAAACUAAUCAAUGACAGUUCUAAUUAAGACAGAAGCUGGGACUGGUUUACCCAUACUUGAGCCAAAAAUGUGAUUUGGUAGCAAUAAAUGCAAACCAGUCUAUUAUGUCUUGUUCAGACCAUGGCUACAAAGAUCCUGGCUUAGUACUGUGAUAUCAGAUGUAGGCAUUCAAUUACAAUUCAUUACAAUUUCCAUUUAUGGUGAUGGUACAGUCUAUUUACAAUUCAUGAACUCUAAGACACAUUAUGGGGGUAUAUUAUAUAGGGAGUAUGUUAUAUGCAAUCCUAUUGGUCUGCAAUUGUAGAUACACAGUAGGGCCCUACAAUCCCAAUACACAGUCAUUUUACAAAUGAGGGGUUAAACGAAUCCUCAAAUAAUUUGCCUCUAUUUCAAGAAACUGAAAGCACCAAAUAAAAAUGGAGUAGUGGAGGGAUCCCUGGUUAGAAACAGUAGGAGUCCAAGGUUAAGUACUAUUGAACCUGCACAUCUUGUCCCCUGAAAGUAGGGAAGCCAGCAAAAAAAUAGUGGGAGUUAAAGGAAAUAUUUAUUUUGAAACGGGGGCAGGAAAACAAGAAACGUUUGAACUCAAGAUCACAGAAUUAUAGAGCUGGAAGGGACCUUGGAGAUUGUGCAAGUAAACUUAUUCUAUUUCUUGCCUUUGGAUUCUAUAUCAUGCUUAUCUAAUUCUAUAGUAAUAUUUAUUGCUGUGGUGAUAUAUGAACAUUUCUAUCUCUGAGUUGGACCUUAGUUAAUUUUGACAAAACAUCCCUUUGUGUUCUUGAGUGUUUUUGAAUUAAAGCAUUAUAAAUG